AUUCGCAGUUGUUUCUGAACUUCGUGCGUGGUGCGUGGAGAGCAGUUUGAGUGGACGAGGGGAGUGCAUCACGAUGGCGAAGCCCAAGCUGUAUUAUUUCAAUGGAAGAGGGAAAAUGGAGUCUGUUCGCUGGCUUUUGGCAGCUGCAGGAGUUGAGUUUGAUGAAGUAUUCCUCGAGACCAGGGAGCAAUAUGAGCAGCUACUGAAAGAUGGAUUUCUGCUGUUCGAACAGGUCCCAAUGGUUGAGGUGGAUGGGAUGAAGCUGGUGCAGACCAAUGCAAUCUUGAACUACUUUGCAGCAAAGUACAAUCUCCAUGGAAAGGAUAUGCAUGAAAGAGCACUGAUUGACAUGUACUCUGAAGGAGCCAAAGAUCUGAUGACUCUUGUGAUGCAACACCCCUUCCUUUCGGCUGCAGAGAAGGGCAACAACCUCACCCGGAUGGAAGCAAAAGCCAAAAACAGAUACUUCCCUGCAUUUGAGAAGAGCAUUAAUCAACAGACAGGAUACAUGGUCGGGAAUCAGCUCACCCUUGCUGAUCUGCAAGUUCUGGAGGCUAUCCUGAUGCUGGAGGAGAAAUUCCCACUCAUUCUGACUGAUUUCCCGCAGCUGAAGAAAUUCAAGCAGAAGAUCAGCAGUUUGCCAAGAAUUCAGAAGUUCUUGCAGCCAGGAAGCCCCAGGAAGCCGCCACCAGAUGAUCAUUAUGUUCAGAUUGUGAAAGAAGUUCUCCGAUUUUGAAAGCAAAGUUGUAGAAGUUGCCUUCUGGAAGUUCAAAGUUCAAAGGAAAUUGAUUAUCAGAAUACUUAGAUGUGUACAUUUUAUACAUUUUCUUCCAGGCAUUCACAAUAUAUUCAAAGAAACACAAAAGAAUCACUGAAAAUGCACACAACUAAUAUGGAAAGAACAACAAACUGGAAAUAAAAAAAAGAAAGUAAGCAAUAAAUAUUAAAAAAAGUUGACAGAUAUUGUGAAGUUUCACUCCUGUGAGAUCGUUGAAAAUAUAUCAAAUGUGAUUCAUAAUUAUCUCUGUGAAACCCAGGUGAAAUCACUAUAAACUCAUCCAAUUGAAAUCUAAUAAGAACUUUCACUCAUCAGAACAUUAGAUAAUAACUGAUGAAAGUGUAAUAAUACAAAUAAAGUUUCCUUGCCAUUC